GGCAGCGCUGCACGGGCAGGUUUACCAAAGGUCUCCAAUGGGUAUUUUCUUUUUCUUAGCCCUGCCCCGAAUUGUCAGACGGCGGGCGUCUGCCUCUGAAGUUAGCAGUGAUUUCCUUUAGAGCCCGGCCUUAUCUCCGGCUGCACGUUGCCUGGUGGUGACUAAUGACACAAUAACAUUGUCUGGGGCUGGAAUAAAAUUGGAGCUGUUUACCCCCGCUCUAUAGGGGUUCAGUAUAAAAAGCCGGCCGAGAGCUGUCCAGGUCAGACGCGCUUCUGCCUCUGCGCUGGGACCAGCGCCGCCAGGGUCCCCGGGUCCCCGUGCGCCACGGCCGCCACCGCGUGCGUCCUCGGACCGCUCCCACUGCCUUCUCUCCUGGCAGACGCUUCUUUUUUCUCCCCAUUAAAGAGCAUUCGGGCUGAAGGAUCACUUUGAGAUCCGAAGAACCCGAAGCGCUCGGAAGGAACUGAAGCUGUUUUUUUCUGCGUUCCCCUUCCCCCCACCUUCGGGUUUAGUUCGCAGUGGGGAAGGAUUUUGAUCCCUUUUUUUCCAGAAUGGAUUAUUUCCCCAUGAUUUUCGCUCUGCUGUUUGUGGCUUUCCAAGGAGCUCCAGAAGCAGCGGUCUUGGGUGCCGAGCUCAGCACAGGAGCCGAGAGCGGAGGGGAGAAGCCCUCUCCCAGUGCGCCCUGGAGGCCCCGCCGGGCCAAGCGCUGUUCCUGCUCUUCCCUGAUGGAUAAAGAAUGCGUCUACUUCUGCCACCUGGACAUCAUUUGGGUCAACACUCCAGAGCACAUUGUUCCAUAUGGACUCGGAAGCCCCUCUAGGACCAAGCGAUCCUUAAAGGAUUUCUUUCCUACAAAGGCAACAGACCACAGGAAGAGAUGCCAAUGUACUAGCCAAAAAGAUAAGAAGUGCUGGAAUUUCUGCCAAGCAGGAAACGAACUCAGGGACCAAGACACCAUGGAGAAAGGCUGGAAUAAACAAAAGAAAGGGAAAGACUGUUCCAAGCUUGGAGAGAAGUGUCUUCAUCAGCAGCUGGUGGAGGGAAGAAAAAUAAGACGGUUGGAAGCCAUCAGUAACAGCAUCAAAACGUCUUUUCAUGUUGCCAAGCUGAAAGCCAAGCUCUACAGAGAUAAGAAAGUGACCUACAACCGAACACACUGAUGGCAGGUUGUUGGGGCCUGUCUGAAGCCUUCUCAUCCACCAAGAGCCCUGGGCCUGACUCUGCGCUCUCUCCACGUGGCUGGGAUCAGAGCAAAUGCAUCCUCCCUGCUUAGACCACUUCUCGUUCCAGACUAGCACAGGACCAGCGCCCUGGGUGCAAACAUUCCAGGAAAGGUUAAGGAGUCCCCCAGCCCGUCUUCAUUUGCCUCCAUCAGUGGGAACUGCUUUCGUUUCUCUCCUCCUUUGGGGUGACAGCGGGCUAUGCAAAGAAGGCAGAGAGAUGCAGUGACCUGCAAAUUAGGGUGACCUCCUUCUUAGAGGGAGGAGGAGAGGAGAUUCCACUUGCGGGCGGCGUCCCCGUCCCCGAAGAGGUUCCGAAAGGAGUGUUUGUGUCUCACUCAGGCGCCUGGCACAUUUCAGGGAGAAACUCCAAAGUCCCUGCAAAGAUUUUUCUAGGGAAUGCACAAAUUGAAAACACUCUAAGGACAAACACUCGAGUUAAAAAAAAAAAAAAGAGAGAGACUUUGUUUUUUUAAAUUCAUAAAAUGCAAAAUUGAAAGAAACUGUUACUACUGUAAAUCAGGAUGAGUUUCAUGCAUAUGAGUCUACCUCACCUAUAUUGCACUCUGGCAAAGUAUUUCCCCACCUUUAAUUAUUGCUUCCCCAAACUCUUCCCUCUCUAAAAUCCCCACACUAAGCCCUAGCCUCAUGGAAGUCUGUCCAAUGUGUCAACAGUAGAUAUAACAUUUUCAGGGUAAUCUACUAGCUCUGUUCCAUAAGAAAAGAAAGAUCAAUUGAAUCAGCAGAUUCCCUUACCUUGAUUUUUGGAAACACAAUGGUAUAGGAUUGUUUAGGAGAGACACUGAAGGGUAAACAUUGUGGUGAUUUAAAGCUGUCAAAUUGUUUUCCUUUAUGUAACUGGCUCAUGGAAGAGGUUGGAUUACAUUUUGAUGUACUUAUUUUUUUAUAGAUAUUUAUAUUCAAACAAUUUAUUCCUUAUAUUUACCAUGUUAAAUAUAUGUUUGGGCAGGCCAUAUUGGUCUAUGUAUUUUUUUUUAAUGUAUUUCUGAAUGAAAUUGAGAAAAUGCUUUGUUUUGCCUGUCAAGGUAAUGACUUUAGAAAAUAAAUAUUUUUUUUCCCUACU